AUGGGCCCAGACGAGCCCCAUCUGGACAAAUACGACCAGGAUCUGAUCAUGAUGGUUUCGGACCACUAUCACACUGAUUCUGCAUCCCUCGUCGCUUGGUAUCUCAGCACCGCAAGUGAGGGUGUCGAACCCGUCCCCGACAAUGGCCUCAUCAACGGCCGCAACUCCUUCGACUGCUCACUAGCCGCUGAAGCAUUGUUCCCUUCAACACCGGGUUCAGGAGGAUAUGGAAAGGACCGAUGUUACUCGGGUGCGCCACGGGCCGUCCUGGAAGUCGAACACGGGCUGACCUACAGGAUCCGUAUUAUUAACACGGGGAGUUUUGCGGAUUUCAAGGUUUCAGUGGACGAGCAUGAGUUGGAGGUGAUCGAGGCCGAUGGGGUGGAUAUGGUUCCCGUGAAGGUUGAGAGGGUCCCGAUUCAUGUCGCACAGAGAUACUCGGUGCUUUUGGUCGCGGAUCAAUCUAUAAGUGGUGGUGAGGGGUUCUGGAUUCGGGCAGAAAUGAAUACAAAUUGUUUUAAUGUUGAGAACCCGUCUUUGGAUCCUUCUGUCAGGGCGAUCCUGCGGUAUAAAAUACCGUCGAUAUCACAUGUCCCUUUCAACAUUACCAACAACAACAGCAGGACUUCAGGGAUAGUUCCUCAGGAAAUACUGGCCUCUAAGGACUGGGAGGAAAGCGCUUGGUCACCGCAUUGUGACGACUUGAAGGCCGAGAUGCUGAAACCAUUCUUCGCCAGAGUCGCUCCACAAGCGGACAUCCAGGUGGUGUUGGAGAUGUCGUUCCAGACGAUUACUAGGGAUCGUGUGAAUAUGGGGUUUGUGAACAGGACGUCUUGGAGACCGCAGCUCAACAAUCCGACUCUGUUGCAGGCUGUUGACGGUGGUGGUGGCGGCGGAGGAAAUUCGGUCACAGUAUUUGAUGCGUCGCAGUUGGUAGUUACUUUGGAGACGGUCCAAACUGUCGAGCUUGUUGUCAACAGUAAGUUGGACACGUUCAUAUCGGCAUCUUGA